AUGCCCUCGAUACUGUCUGACGAAGACAAGCAGACGGUGAAGCGCACCGUGCCCAAGCAGAACAACAAGAUCUUCGCCGUCGCCGUCGCGAAGCUGUACGUCGCCUACCCGGACAAGCACACAUGGACCUACACGGGGCUGCAGGGCGCCGCCGUGCUGGCGAACGACCUGGUGGGCAACACCCUCUGGAUCAAGCUGGUGGACAUUUCGCCGACGAGCCGCGGCGUCAUCUGGGACCAGGAGAUCUACGACACCUUUACCUACAACCAAGACCGCGUUUUCUUCCACACAUUUGAGCUCGAAGACUGCCUUGCCGGUCUCUCGUUUGCC